GAACGAUUGUGAUGAGAAGUGCCAAUCCGACGACUGUGAGCACAGUAGUACCGUAAUUCUGUUGCACGAGCCUAUCUGAUCAUUGUCCGUUCAACUCCUGGUCUCCCACUCCCUGCGGCCUGCUGAUGUGCUUUCCUUUUUCAGUUCAGCUUUCUUUCAUGGCGGUUCUGACCUCUACUCACCAAGCAGAAACAAAAGAGCGGAGCGAAACAAAAUUGACGACAUGGGUUUUGGGUUUUUCCUCCAGUUCUUGCCCAAAAUCUUCAAUGUUCUUGCCUGGCCUUCGUUCAGUUUGCUGUACCCGUUGUAUGCUUCGAUUCGGGCAAUCAAUAGUGGUUCCUGCUCCAACAAUCAGAAGUGUCUCACAUUUUGGGUUUUGUUUUCUGUCACCGCCAUCCUGGAGUUGGCGCUUUCAAAGCUGCUGGAAUGGAUCCCUUUCUGGCCUUACGUGAAGGGCAUGGCUACCUUCUUGCUGGUGAUACGUUGCUUUGACGGUGCUUCUUUUGUAUACAAGCACUUAAGAUCCUACAUUUAUGUGAACACUCAAAACUGUGAUAUCUUACAAUCUCCAAAGAGGAAGGGUUUACAAGAGCCGAAUGUCUUUCUCAAUACAGCGGAGGGAUACAUUGAAGAAAAUGGACCACAAGAAUUGGAGAAACUCAUCGUUUGCCAGAGAAAAUUUGCAGUCUCUGCUUCACAAGUCACUUCAAGGAAAGUUCAGAAGGAAUGGAGUUGUCCUCUAUGUCUGGUGAAUGCUACUAGUGAGAAAUGUUUAAGGCAACACCUACAAAGCAAGAAGCACAAGGUCAAGGAAAAAGAAAUUAAAGCAAAUGAACUAGCAACCAUCACUAAAGUUCAGAAGGAAUGGAGUUGUCCUCUGUGUCUGGUGAAUGCUACUAGUGAGAAAUGUUUAAGGCAACACCUACAAAGCAAGAAGCACAAGGUCAAGGAAAAAGAAAUUAAAGCAAAUGAACUAGCAACCAUCACUAAAGUUCAGAAGGAAUGGAGUUGUCCUGUGUGUCUGGUGAAUGCUACUAGUGAGAAAUGUUUAAGGCAACACCUACAAAGCAAGAAGCACAAGGUCAAGGAAAAAGAAAUUAAAGCAAAUGAACUAGCAACCAUCACUAUAGUUCAGCCCUCUGAAAUGCUGAUGAGGACCAAUGAGUUGGUUUUUCUGGACAAAAUCAGCCAAAUUGUUGAGUUUACUCAAUUGAUUAAGUGGUGUAGAUGGGAAAAGCCUAAGUUUGGGUGGACAAAAUUAAACACUGAUGGUUCAAUAAAUUGUGAGAAUGCUGGUUUUGGUGGUUUAUUACGUGAUUAUCAGGGUGACCCUAUAUGUGCUUAUGUCUCUAAAGCUCCUCGAGUAGAUAUUUUCUUGGUUGAACUGUGGGCUGUAUGGAGGGGCCUCGUUCUUGCAUGGGGUCUAGGCGUUAAAGUACUUUGGGUCGAGUCUGAUUCAAUGAGUGUCGUGAAAACCAUUAACAGAGAGCAGCCAAGUAGUUCAAAAGCUGGUAACUGUUUGAAGCACAUAUGGCAACUACUGACAAAGUUUGAGAAGUACAGAGUUACUCACUCAUGGCGCGAAACUAACAGAGCAGCUGAUUGUCUUGCAAAGAUGGAUCUUAUGGGAAAUGAUGUGGUUUUGUGGCCACCUGAUUUUCCCAGUUGCCUCCGAAAUAUCAUCAAGGAUGAUGCUCAAGGGAAAAUGUAUCGAAGGGUGUGACCUGUGUUUCCAAAGUCCAAACUGAAAAGAAAAUUUGGGUUUUGGGCACGUUGGGAUUGUGUAUGGGUGGGGAUUGGGAGCAAAAAUGACCGUUAACCAGACAAAUUGAAAAUGUUCAGCGGUUUGAAAAUUUGUCCAGACAAUUGGGCUUUGUGGGAGUUUCGGAUUGUAAUAUUGCAUAUAGGUCUUACAGCAGAGAUGGAUAGAGCUCCUCUGGGUUGGUCAUCUUCUACUCUGCUUGUAGCAUGUCGGCGACCUUGGACCUGCACUUUUGAGGAGUGGAAUCAAGCAAUGUUUUAACAGCUUUUGUAAUAAUUUUCUGAUGGGCAACUAAGAAACGGGAACCAUGUGUUUAGCAUUGCUAUGUACCGACCAAAUCUAUAUUUAGAACCAUUUUAUCAGUUUGUUUGUGUGUACAUGUUAUUGGGGGAAUUUGAGUAGAUGCAGUGUUGAUUAGAGCUGAAGUAGCCUUACUUGUCCUUUGGAUCUACUCAAGAUAUUUGAUCGAUUGUUUA